UUCAGAUUUGAAAAUUACUUAAAUUGUCAUUCCUUUUCAAUUUGAAAAUAUUUUAAAUCCAAUUCAAAUUACCUAACUCCAUUAAAAUGUCAGGAAAUAAAAAGAAACUUAGCUGUGAUUUCGAUAUUGAGGCAAAGAUCCCAAAGGGCCUAUAUGAGAAUUUCGUCGCCGUUCAAGCUUCCCUAAUGGGUUUACGUGGUUACAUCGAGGCCACUGCGCAGGGCUUCAAAGGUAGAUUGGAAACGGAAAACAAGGAAUUGCUGGAGAAAAUAAAACAAAUUAUGGAAAAGUCCAAGGAUUUUAUGGCCCUGAUAACGAAGACUGUGUUUACGGAGAUUAAAGAAAUUGAAAAAAUCACCGAAGAGACAUUUAAAAUUAAGUGAAUGGGAUUUUAUUGAGUGGCGCUUAAAAGAAAUCAAUUUGAUGUUUAAUGGGAGGAGAGAAAUGAGGUAUUAAAGCCUAAUUUGUUGAGAACUAAUUAAUGGAAUAGCUUCUGGAAUUCUUUGUUGGCUUUUGGGUGAAAAAAUGUCAAAUGUCACAAAUUUCAAAACAAAGCGGUAAAAAGUAGUAAAGAAUCACUCCAAGUAGAUGGAUUUUAA